GUUUGACAUUUGACAAUAGGUGUAAUGUCAAAUGUUAAGUGUCACAUCAUGUCACAUGGUGUAGUGUCAAAAUCAAAUAGGAAUUAAGUGUCAUGGCAUAGCACAAAAAUAAAAUUUGUUGAUAAUUCAUACUGAAUUCUUUUUAAAAAAUCUAAAAAUGAGCCAAACGAUUAAAGAAACUCCGUCAGGAUCCAACAAUGAAGUGGCUAAUGUUGCUCAAAAUGCUGCUGAUUCUACGUCCACCGCGCCUGAUGGACAAGCGGCAGCUCAGAGGCAACCUACAAAAAUGGAAUCGUUUUUGUCAUUAGCUAAAUCACUAAUAAUACGCGCAUUAAUUAUUUAUUUUAUAUCGUCAUUCUUCAGAGGACCAAAACCACAGACUGCAAAUAAUACUCAAGGGCCUGCGAUUCAAGCAAGGAACAUUUUUUCAGAUGGCACUCCUUUAACAUUAUAUGUGUACUUGUCUGAAUCAGAGACUCUUAAAAACUACAGUUAUUCAAAUUUAUUCUGGGUUAAAGAAAAUAUAAUUUAUGGAGAUUGGACUGCAGGCAAUAAUAAAGAUGGAAUAUUUGAAAUAGAGAAAGAUAUUCCAAUUACUGAGGGUAUGGCAAAUAAUGGUUCCCUAUAUAUACAUGGCUUUGUUACUAAACUAGGAUAUAGCCCAGAUCCUACAGCAAAGAAUUUUGAUAGGGAUCAUACUACAUCUAUGACUAAACAACUUAACAGAUUCAAAAAAUUAAAGGCCAGUAAAACGAAGAACCUUCUUACUGGAGAAACUGAGCAGGCCCAAGUGGAAGAUGGAAAAAUUAUUUCCCAUUGGCACCCAAAUUUCACAAUCAAUCUGGUUACUGAUCAAACGCUCUGGACGUACGGGGCACUUCCAGUCCCGCUUGAUCAGUUCGUCAAAUUUACAGAUGAUUUACAAAAUUAUAAGCCGAUUUUAUAUCCCAAUGAUUAUUGGAAUAUGGCUAGAGACUAUAAACCACUAAAUGAGACUUAUUCAUUGAAACUAACGUUUCAGCCCUUGAGUUUGUUUAAAUGGCAGUUGUAUGCUGCUCAGGCAAUGAAAAAUAGUAUGUUUAACAUGUUUAGUGAUAAUGAACAACAACAAACGGAUGAAGAGCAAGAUUCCAUAAAGGAAACAUUGAUGGAUACUAAUCCUUAUUUAUUAGGAAUUACUGUAGCUGUUUCAUUAUUACACUCUAUAUUUGAGCUGCUUGCAUUUAAAAACGAUAUUCAGUUCUGGAACAAUAGAAACUCUCUAGAAGGCUUAUCAGUACGAUCAGUGUUUUUCAGUGUCUUUCAGAGCUUAGUAGUUUUGUUAUAUGUUUUAGAUAAUGAUACCAAUCUGCUUAUUAAAGUAUCUUGUUUUGUUGGUUUGGGCAUUGAACUCUGGAAGAUCUGGAAAGUUGUUGAUAUUCGAUUUGAAAAUGGUAGAUUGAUUUUUAAAGAUAAGGGGUCUUAUAUUGAAUCUAGCACAAAAGUGUAUGACGAACUUGCCUUCAAGUACCUAUCUUGGUUGUGUUUUCCGCUAUUAGCAGGUUACUGCGUUUAUGCAUUAUUAUAUCUUGAGCAUAAAGGUUGGUAUUCAUUUGUGCUUGAUUUAUUAUAUGGAUAUCUUUUAACAUUUGGAUUUAUUAUGAUGACACCUCAGUUGUUUAUAAAUUAUAAAUUAAAGUCUGUAGCACAUCUGCCUUGGAGAAUGUUAACUUAUAAAUUUUUAAAUACAUUUAUUGAUGACAUGUUUGCAUUUGUCAUCAAAAUGCCUACAAUGUAUAGGAUAGGCUGUUUUAGAGAUGAUAUUGUUUUUCUAGUAUUUUUAUACCAAAAGUACAUUUAUCCAGUUGAUAAGACUAGAAGAAAUGAAUUUGGAUACUCUGCCGAACAAGAAGAGCAAAAAGCCAUUGCAAAUGGUGAAGUAAAUGAAGUUCAACCAGUGGCAGAGUCUAAAAAGGAUCAGUAAAUAUAUUUUGUUUUGUGAUUACUAAAGACAUUAGGCAUUUGUUAGUUCCUGAAAGGGCAACAUAUUUAGAUGUUAUAAAUUAUUUUUUCGACAGUAAUAUCUGUGGUUAUUUUAUUUGUACAAUUAUGUAAAGUGAAUAAUAAAUUCUUCUAACUAUACUAAA